UUUGGCCGGAUUCGGACGCGUUUUGUGUGCGCGCGUGUGACAGAAUUUCCCGUCGAAUUUAACGUAAACAGUGCACAGUGUGAAGUGUCGACGCAAUAGUAAACUCUAACGAAACCGUGAACACAACCGAAAGAAGUAUAAAGUACCAAGUGCUCGGUAACCCCUUUUCUCUGCUGGAUGUGGAAAUUGCUACCACCUGAGUGUGCGGUGGUGUGCGUGUCUGUCUGACGUGAAAAGAGUGCGUACGUGCGCGAGGUAGUGUAGGACGGUGUGUAUUUGUGAAAAUAACCAACAACAAUAACAGCAACACAGCGGAAUAAGAUUGCGCAAAAUGCACACGUUCAGCGAAACGGGUACGGGCGUUCCAGCGUUUCUGGCAAAACUCUGGCGCCUGGUUGAAGAUAGCGAAACGAACGAUUUGAUAUCAUGGAGCACGGAUGGUCGCAGUUUCAUCAUCCAGAAUCAGGCACAGUUCGCCAAAGAACUGUUGCCGCUUAACUACAAACACAACAAUAUGGCCAGCUUUAUUCGGCAGUUGAACAUGUAUGGUUUCCACAAAAUCACAUCGAUUGACAAUGGCGGCUUGCGGUUCGACAAGGACGAGAUGGAGUUUACACAUCCCUGUUUCCAGAAGGACCAUCCGUACCUGCUGGAGCACAUUAAGCGCAAGAUUGCUACCUCGAAGCAGCAACAGUUGCAGCAAGCACAGCAGCACCAGCAGCUGCAGGACGACAAAAGCGCCAUGAAGCUGGAGGCGGUCAGCCGGGUGCUGAGCGAGGUGAAAAACAUGCGUGGCCGGCAAGAUUCCCUUGACUCCCGUUUUCAGACGAUGAAGCAGGAGAACGAGGCUCUCUGGCGUGAGAUUGCGAUCCUCCGCCAGAAGCACCACAAGCAGCAGCAGAUUGUUAACAAGCUCAUCCAUUUCUUGGUCACAAUCGUUCAACCAUCACGCGGAGGCCUCGGUACGAUGGGCAAUGGCAACAACAAGCGCCGAUUCCAGCUUAUGAUCAACGAGGCACCACAACAGGCCAAAGUUAAAAAGCAACAUGACUUUACUGAUAGUGCAACCAUUGAGGAAUUGGGCGAAGCAUUGGAAGAAGUGGCCUACGCGAAUCAGCAAGAUCUACUGUCGAAACAAGACAAGAGCAAGAAAGUCAAAGUUAUCCCCGUCAUGUCCGGUCAAAUCGUGCCCACCUCAUCGUCCGUCGGCACUACGUCCGCCGUUACUGGCAAGGGGACUUCAGCUAGUGGCGCUAAUAGUAGCGCAAUCGUUAGGACCGUUAAUGGUAGUAGCAUUGUCAAGGAGAAUAUAGCACCGGGCGUCAAGAAAGCGAAAAGGAAUUCGGAAAUACCAGAGAUCUCGUCACCGAUGUCGCAACAGGGACGUUCGCCGUAUCGCACAGUAACACCAUCGCUCUCCGCCGGCAGUCCCACUGGCAGCGUCGCUAGCAGUACCAGCGGAGGAGCCGUCUACGGUGGCAACAAUGGUGGUGGUGAAGAUGGUGACCUAGACGAAGAAGUGUUCUCUCCCCACGGAUUGAAUAGUGCUCCGAGUAUGGCGAAACAACCGCGCAGUAACAGAUCGAAUGGCGCACGAAACAACGGUACGAAUCAGGCGCCACUUAGUUUGAUCGAGUUGAUCGAAAGUACGGUCAAUGGCGCCGACGACGAUGAGGAGGAAGCCAUCUACGGGGACGAAGACGUCGAUCAACACGCCGCCUAUCUGGUGGAUCAUGUGGACGAAGUAGCGAACCCAGAGAUUGGUGCGAUGUAUCAAGAUAACGGUGAAAACGACAUGAUGCUAAACACUCCGAUGGUGCUUCGAGAGAUGGAAAAGCAAGAGCAAUUGAAGCAGCAACGGGAGCGCCAACGGCAACAGCAACAGUCGACUGGGAAAGGCGGAGAAAGCUUACUAAAGGGUGUGACGAUGGCUACGAGAAGUGGCAGGCCGCAGCGUAGCGUCGUUGGACAGAAAAGUCUUUUGACCGCGAGAACCGCAGCACCCGCAGUAGUACCUAUGAAGACGGGCAGAACUGUCCCAAAAUCUACCGUAGCACCUGUCGCGGUUUCCAAAGGAGUAAAGAGGAUUAGCGUUGGAGGAAGCGUCAAGAAACAAUCGCUGGCCGCGAACAACGAUCAACCGCAACAGAUCGGUGUGGCACCAGCUGGACCGUCAAACUACAGCGGAAAAGGCCAAGGCAGCAGUAACAACAGCCCAUCGCCUCCACUGGCGGCCGUAGUUGGUCCAUCUUUCGAUAGUGGCGAUGUAUUCGUUACGACACCUGCCGAUGUCGUCCCGGGUGAUAUAUUCGAGGAUAGCAGCGAUCAGACGAUGGGGUCUGGACUAGGAGUGAAGGAUGGCAAUGGCAACGGUAAACGAUCGCCGAUGCUCGGUUCGUUCAGCCUCGUCGACGGAGGAUUCUAUAAUCCGAACGUUAACAUGAACGAAAUGAAGGCCUCACUCCAGAGACAGCAACUGCAAGGACAGCAAGGUGUCCAACAGGGCGGCGUACAGCAGGUUCCAACAGCUAUCGGCGAUGGGCUAGACAAUGGAGAAACCCACGAUGAUGAAUUUGAUGAAAAUUCUCUCGAUUCUAAUAUGAUGCUGAAUCAGGCCACCGGCAACCAGCAACACCAAGAUCAGCAGCAGCAGCAACAGCUGCAGCUCCAGAUGCAACCGCAGCAGCAAGAUCAACAAUUAUCGAAGUUCGUCAGUAAUGAUGCAGACAUGUCCCGUUUAAACACGGUGGCUGAAUACGGACAGCACAUUGACACGGUACAGAACGAUCUCGAUUCAUUGAGAGAGCUGCUGAAAGGAGACAACUAUCAGAUGGACGCGAAUGCCCUGCUCGGGACGGCAAACUCGACGACACCUCCGUACGGUCGAGUGUACUUCCCGUCAUGCCCGUUUGAUCAGGAUACCCUCAAUAAGCUUUUCAACAACAACAAUGAAGAUAUGCUCAACUAUGAUUUCCCAAUGAAUCUGCCGGAUUUGAUGACGGACGAACAACAGCAGCAACAUCAGCAGCAACAGCUACAGCAACAACAGCAAGGCAGCAAUGAAAAGUCGACAACAUCUGACAGCCCGGCCCCAGGAGGACAAAUCAUGGCUUACAGAAAGGGUAAUUCGAACGGUAAUUUGUACAACAACAACGGCGCCAUCGGUCUGAAUGGGCUUGCUCACAACGAUACAAACGACGCAUCUGGUUUGCUCGGUGGCAACAAUUUGAUUGGCACCGACGGAACCAUCGUCAGCGGAGACUACAUCGAUUUGAAUGAGUUACUAAACAUGGAUCCGAAUCCUGGUGCUUACUACAGCGAUGAGAACUCACUGGUUGCCUAAUCGGUAACCACCUGCAUACAUCUCUUUAUCUUGAUUGAUAAUCAUACGGGGACAUUCUAAACAUCAUGUUCGAAGAGGAGCUCCGCUGCAAUAUUCAGCGAUCAGCGACAUGAGGCUAGCUGGAUCUUUGGGAGAGCACCUAUUAGAUCGAUGGGGGCAGAGUACAGCCUAGGUAUGGACAAACCGCUGCAGUUCCGCCCGUCCAAGUGGUGUAAAAAUUAGUCGAGCCCUCGUAUCGAAUGGAUCCUUUAAAUCAUGGAAAUGGAUCGUUCAACAAGUAACCAAACGUACCAAGUUCAAAUCCAACCCUUUCGAUAGAAGAUCAAUAGAUCAAUGGUUGCUCUCAUCAUAGAUAUCCAAACUUACACAUUACUUUAAACAUUUCGUUGCGCCCUACAAAGCGCACCACAAAUUUACUACGCAACCUAAAAUGAAUGCGUUUUCUUUUGUUUAAACAUCAGACCGGGUGCCCGGAUCCCCGCUGGAGCCGUCGUUCUGUAAAUAGGGAAGAUAGGAAGUUCGAUAGAAUGCAAGAAAACGUGUACCUGAGAGCAAAAGAGAGACAGAGAGGCGGCCGAUUUUGUUAGUGUACGACGAGAGAAUCCCGAUUGAAUCUGGCAUCGGGCAUUAGUGCGAGUGCCGUGCCGACGUUCGUUUUACGUCGCCUUACGUUUGGUAGAUAGUCCGUUAGUUAUUUCUCUGGUCCCCACCCAAAAAACACGAAGUAAUCACAGAAAAAUAACAUGGUGAAGGAUGCUACAAAGCAGAACAAGAACUAUUAUAACAAAGAUAUUCUAUUACAACAUUAUCUUAUACUCUUACUAAAUAGGCAAAUCGUUAGGCCAAUGUCCAAUAAGAUAACCGGUCAUUGAAGCGGUUGUCCUGUUUAACGUUUGUCAAUUAUAGUGUCUGAUCUUUUUACAUAUAUCCGUGCUGUUUGCGCGUGGCUGGUCGACCUGGCCUUUGAACAGUACGACGAUCCUUCGCUCCUAACAUUUGUAGUGGUACUGUAGAACGUACUGCAUUUCAGAGGACAAAAAGGACGUUUCGUUUCUAGGUUAAGGUCUCCCGCGACGGCAGUUUUGUUUCUUUUGCUUGAGUUUUCGUGUUUUAUUAAUGUUUCCACCAUUCAUAAGUAAAUAACGAUUAAUAGUAUAUCCCUCGUAGCACUCUCGUGCAAUGGGAGUCUUUCAGUUAUUAUCGGCAAUUCAGUGUGUCACUUUUUCGAUUAACAAUUUGAUUGAACAAAAAGAAAAGAACAUUAUGUGCAUUAUUCAGGUAAUAGACACUAGCGCGGGAACUGGAGGAGCAAAUGUGUAUAUGCAUGCGAGGCAAAGUUUGGCCAAAUGGAUGGCCAAACGUAAGAUUAGAUUAUGUGUGGAAGGUACGAGAAUAUAAUAUGUACAUUAAACGCUUGGACA